UACAAUUCCAGAAGCACAUUUCAAAGAGUUGCUAGAAUUUUGGAAUUUGGAACCUGUCCAGGAAGACAACAGAAGAAAAGGGAAAUAUGUAUAGAUAAAAAAGAUAGGGACACCAUGGGUCCUAUGACUUUAGCGAGGAAACAACAUAAAUUGCAACAACUAGAUGUUGAAAAAAAGCCACCAUCCUUGGCACUCAUGUACAAAGAAAGUCGUAAAAGGAAAGCAGAUAAGAAAUACAAAACAUCUUAUGAGCCCACCCAAAGUAACAUUGACAAGAUGGAGGAGGUACAAAUUCAAAGUGAAAUUGAUGGAGAUGUUGCAUACUAUGAAGUAAUGAAUAAACCAAAUAACUUUGGCCAUAGAAAAAAGCAACAAGGGAUAUGUUCACUAAGGGGAAAGAGCAACAAUCCAAUAAUUCCCGAUGAGUUCUUAAAGCCCUAUAAAGACCAAAUUGUGAAAGAAACUGUAGCAGAAUUAAUGAAGAUGCUCAAGCAAAGUGAUCCUGAAGUGUUGGAUACUUUGACUCGAUCACUUGAAAAUGUGUCAUCCAAUCCAGAACUUACAAAUCAUAUUCCCAUUGUACACUCUAAUGAGCAACAAGGAAAUGAGGAUCAAACGGAUGAAGAUGAAGAAUUGGGAUAGCAAUUCAUGAUCAACAAGAACUUUCUUUUACUGCUUUUUUGCUACUGCUACCGCUAUUUUGCUGUUGUUUUGAUCUGUUUUGCUGCUGUUUCGAGCUAUUUUGCUGCUACUGUUGUCUCUGUUGCUGUUUUGCUGCUGUUUUCAGCUGUUUUGCUGCUGUUUUGAGCUGUUUCGCUGCUGUUUCAAGAUGUUUUGCUGCUGUUUUGAGGUGUUUUGCUGCUGUUUUGUUGCUAUUGCUGUCUCUGUUGCUGUUUUCAGCAGUUUUGAGCUGUUUCGAGCUGUCUUGCUGCUGUUUUGAGGUGUUUUGCUGCUAUUGCUGUCUCUGUUGCUGUUUUCAGCAGUUUUGAGCUGUUUUGCUGCUGUUUCGCGCUGUUUGGCUGCUAUUUCGAGCUGUUUUGCUGCUGUUUCGAGCUAUUUCGCUGCUGUUUUGCUGCUACUGCUGUCUCUAUUGCUGUUUUCAGCUGUUUUGCUGUUGUUUUGCUGCUGAAUCUUGCUUAUUCGGUUGCCAACUCAUGUCUACUACUGCUGGUUGCUGCCAAUUCAUGUCUGCUAUUGCUGAAAGCUUCCACUACUGUCUACUGCUAGUUGCUGCUAAAGACUGCUGAUGACAUUUGCCGUUCUGCUAGCUAGUUGUGUAGCUACUGCUAUACGCUGUUAUUAUUAAUGUUUUUUUAUUGUUAUCGUUGUCUUUUUUGAAAUUUGGAAGUUUUUUGUUUUUCCUUACUUUUUCCAAGCUUGAGAUCGAACUUAAUAUUCUUUGUGUUUGGAUUAUUAUAUUGUUUGGCCAAACAUUUAAAUUGGUGUUUAUGGAUUUUUUU